AUGGCGGAGCCGGCGGCGCUUGCUGUGGGCCUGGGGCAAGCGGAGUCUGGCGGGGGGGUCGACGGGGCGGGCGCCGACCCUUUGCUGCCGCACGGAGAGAACGGCGUGGAUGGCAGAGCGAUCCGCAACGGCGUGGAUGGCAGAGCGAUCCGCGUGGGCACCCGCCGGAGCCAGCUGGCCCGGAUUCAGACUGACAGUGUAGUUAUGAUGCUCCGUGAGCUAUAUCCUGACCUCUGCUUUGAGAUUGUGGCCAUGUCAACAACUGGGGACAAGAUCUUGGAUACAGCACUUUCCAAGAUUGGAGAGAAGAGCCUCUUCACCAAAGAGUUGGAAAAUGCACUUGAAAGAAAUGAAGUUGACCUUGUGGUUCACUCCCUGAAGGACCUGCCAACUUGUCUUCCUCCUGGCUUUACGAUUGGCGCUGUCUGCAAAAGGGAAAACCCACUUGAUGCUGUUGUCUUUCAUCCCAAAAACUGUGGAAAAACACUGAGCCUCCUUCCUGAAAAGAGUGUGAUUGGAACCAGUUCACUUCGGAGAGCAGCUCAGCUCAAGAAGAAGUUCCCUCAUUUAGAAUUCAGGGAUAUUAGAGGAAACUUAAAUACCCGUUUAAAGAAGCUAGAUGAGAAGGAAGACUUCAGUGCCAUCAUCCUGGCUGCUGCUGGGCUGAAGAGAAUGGGCUGGGAAAGUCGCAUUGGCCAGCUCCUAAGCCCUGAAGAUUGUCUUUAUGCUGUUGGACAGGGUGCCUUAGCAGUGGAAGUUCGUGCCAAAGACCAAGAGAUACUGAAUAUGGUAUCUGCCCUGCAUGAUGCAGACACUGUGUUGUGCUGCAUUGCUGAGAGAGCCUUUAUGAAGCGUUUGGAGGGUGGAUGUAGCGUCCCUGUUGCUGUCAACACCCUGAUGAAGGAUGGCCAGUUGUAUUUGACAGGAGCAGUCUACAGCUUGGAUGGAUCUGAUAGCCUGAAGGAGACCAUGCAGACCAGUGUUAGUUAUCCCCAUCAGAAUGAAGAUGGACCGAAUGAUGAUGUGCAACAUGUUGGCAUCACGGCCAAGAAUGUUCCUGGUCAGGCUCAGGAAGCUGCAGAGAACCUGGGUGUUGAAUUAGCUAGUUUACUUCUGAGCAAGGGAGCAAAGCAUAUCCUUAGUGUGGCAAGGCAGCUCAAUGAUGCCCGCUGAACCCGGGUGUAGCUAGCAGGAGUGGUACAAUUCUAGCUACAUUAAAUCAUAGUUGAGGGCAUUGCAAAGACUUAGAAGCUGUUUUUUGAAACAAUUGACUAUGGGAAAAUUAAAACUUUAUGUUGAUAUUUGAAUAAGUGUCCACUAAUUUGAGUUAUAACAAAUUGUUAAAUAGAAGUUGUAUCUAUUCAAAUCCGAUGUAAAAUGUUUUGUACCUCCAUUAUUUUAAUUUCAGCAUAAAAUGGAUCUUUUUAACAACA